AUGGCGCUGAGCGGGGCGGGGAGCGGCCGCCCCCGGGGCGGUGCCGGCCUCUGCUCCGGAACCGCUCUGCGCCGGCCGCGGGCAAUGUCCGCCUCCUCUUCCAGAAGGAAGAGCAAGGGGCGCCCGGCUGCGGGCGGCGGCUCCCCGCGGGAUGCUCCCCUCGGCGCUGCCGCGGGCGGACCGCUGGUGCUGCGCGUCGCCGACGCCGUGGAGGCAGGAGAUGACAAAGUCCCGAAGAUGCUGCGCAGAGCGCUGGCGCAGCUGUCGCUCAGCAGCAUGAAGGCUGCGGAUCUUUGCAUAGGGAGGCCGGCCCUGCUCACCUCCGCUGAUGGGCGGCAGGAGGUCUGUAUUGCUUGGCCCACCACAGGCUUCCCAGGGGGGAAAAUUGGGCUGGUUGAAACCACACAGAAAAACCUGAAAGUAAAUCUAGGUGAUGCCAUCACUGUGCAGCCUGUGACCGGUGCAGUUAUCCAGGCAGAGGAAGUCGAUGUAAAGUUGAGGGACAAAGAUGCCACUGUUAAUGCUGAGGAAAUGUCUGUCUGUCUGCUGAGAAACCUUGAUGGGAAAAUAGUCCUGCCAGGAAACCUCUUGGCUUUCACUUAUUACGGCAAACUUUGCAACAUUGUGGUGAUGAAAGUGAAGGGGACUGACGGUGCAGAGCUGAUUGCCCAGGGCAGCGCCAUUCCUGGUGAUUCCAACGAGCCAGACCUUGAGAGAUCUGAUUUGGAGGGCAGUGCUUUGGACUUGUCCUUACAGCUCAGCAGGAUGGACAUUGGUGACAGUCCGGAGGUUGCCUCCAUGCACAGCCCGAGCAAAGCCGUGGAGCCAGGCUCACCAGUCACACCCAGCGCUCCAGACUUCGGGCAUGGAGACAAAACCAGCAGGGGAGAUGGUGCAGACCUCACCCAAGAUCUGGAGUUGGCUGGGGAAGGCAGCACUGAGGGACUCACACUAACUGGCAAGAUGGGAGCAAUGAGCAAUACAGAUUGUUUUUACUUCAUUUCUUCAAGAACUAAAAUCAAUUUUGUUGAACCAAGGACCAGUGUAGCAGAGGAUGGCAAGUGUCAGUCCCAGGUCACCUAUGACAUGAUAGGAGGCUUAAGCAGCCAGCUCAGAACUAUUAGAGAAACUGUUGAACUGCCCUUGAAGCAACCUGAACUGUUCAAGAGUUAUGGGAUCCCUCCUCCUCGAGGAGUGCUGCUCUAUGGCCCUCCAGGAACUGGGAAGACCAUGAUUGCCAAGGCCAUUGCAAAUGAGGUUGGCGCUCACGUUACUGUCAUUAAUGGCCCUGAAAUCAUAAGCAAGUUUUAUGGGGAGUCUGAGUCGAGGUUACGUCAAAUAUUCGCUGAAGCUUCUCUCUGUCGCCCCUCAAUUAUAUUUAUAGAUGAGUUGGAUGCACUCUGUCCAAAGAGAGAAGGGACUCAGAAUGAAGUGGAAAAGAGAGUUGUUGCUUCACUGCUGACAUUAAUGGAUGGCAUUGGCUCAGAAAGCAGUGAAGGGCAGCUGUUGGUCCUUGGGGCCACCAAUCGCCCUCACGCCCUGGAUGCAGCGCUGCGCAGGCCGGGGCGUUUCGAUAAGGAGAUAGAAAUUGGAAUUCCCAAUGCCCAGGACCGUCUGGACAUUCUCCAGAAGCUUCUCAAGAAGGUUCCCCAUUCGCUCACAGCAGAGCAGUUGGCACAUCUGGCUGAUAGUGCACAUGGUUACGUGGGUGCAGACUUGGCAGCGUUGUGCAAGGAAGCAGGUUUGUAUGCGCUGCGGAGAGUGCUGGGGAAGAGGCCAGGCCUGUGGGACACCGCAGUGGCUGGGUCAGUGAUGAUUGCUUUCAAUGACUUCCUGCAGGGGAUGAAUGAUGUCAGGCCCAGUGCCAUGAGGGAGGUGGCAAUUGAUGUGCCAAAAGUAUGUUGGUCAGACAUAGGAGGACUAGAAGACGUCAAGCUGAAGUUGAAGCAGGCAGUGGAAUGGCCUCUCAAACAUCCAGAGUCCUUCAUCCGAAUGGGGAUCCAAGCUCCCAAGGGUGUCCUGCUUUAUGGACCUCCUGGGUGCUCAAAAACCAUGAUAGCAAAAGCUUUGGCUCAUGAAAGUGGCCUCAACUUCUUGGCAGUGAAGGGGCCUGAGUUGAUGAAUAAAUAUGUUGGUGAGUCUGAACGAGCAGUGAGAGAGAUCUUCAGGAAAGCCAGAGCAGUAUCUCCUUCAAUUCUUUUCUUUGAUGAAAUAGAUGCCUUGGCAGUAGAAAGGGGAAACUCUUCAGGUGCUGGGAAUGUAGCAGACCGUGUCUUGGCUCAGUUGCUGACAGAAAUGGAUGGGAUAGAACAGCUGAAGGAUGUGACAAUUCUGGCAGCCACGAACAGACCGGAUAGGAUAGACAAGGCCCUGCUGAGGCCGGGGCGAAUAGACCGAAUUAUCUAUGUGCCACUGCCAGAUGCAGCCACUCGCAAGGAAAUCUUCAGGCUUCAUUUCCAGUCCAUGCCAGUCAGCGAUGAAGUCUGCUUGGCUGAGCUUGUGGAGCACACACAGAAGUACUCGGGAGCAGAGAUAACAGCAGUGUGCAGGGAAGCAGCCCUUCUAGCUCUUCAGGAAGACAUCCAUGCCAAAUCUAUCACAGGCCGGCACUUCCGGAGCGCGCUGACGGUCGUGAGCCCGAGGAUUCCCGACUCGUUAAUCCAGUUUUAUGCAGAUUACCAGCAGCAAAGUGGACUGCACGCGCUCUGAAAGGCAAAUUAAUACAUACCCCAUUCACUGUGUGAAUGGCAGAUUUCCUUUGUGAAGCUGUCAGAAGCCAAAGAGUUUUGUACUGUGAGCAAGUGGAGUGUCUGGAGUUAACUGAAUGCAAAAUUGCUGUAAUAAAAGUCCCUGUGGAA